AUGGUUAAGAAGAAAUCCCCCAACUCUAAGAAGAAAGAGGAAGAGGAGGUCGACUCUGAUGAGCAUACAGAACAGCACCACCGACCAAGAAGCUCUAUACUGCGGGAAUGUCGGAAGGAGGCAAGGGCCGAACUUGAAGCGGCUAAGCACCCACAUUGGAACCCUUCGGAGAAGGGGCCGUCUAUCAUGGAGCAUUUUAUGUCUACUGAACGGCUUAUGGGCCAACUUGCUAUCGGUAUCACGACUCCAACGGCUUACUAUAUGCUCCUAUAUUCAUUAAGUGCUAAAGUUCGGGAUGCCUUACCACCUUGCGAUUUGAAUCAAGGCCGAUUUGAAGAUCUAUACAACAGCUUGAAGCUCCAACUCCGACAUCAGUACUACGAUCCGGGUGACAUCAUCAAGCUCAGGGCUGAGUUUAACAGCUUGAAACAGAAGUCAGGGGAGUUGGUCUCUGAUCAUUUGUAUACAGUGGAUCAAUAUGCUAGUCGACUGAGGUUACAAGGAGAUGUUGUGACUGAUGACCAAUUAUAUGAUCUUCUAUGUAAUAGUCUAAUGGCUCCGUAUAAUGACUGGAUUCUGGCUUAUCGGUUACAGAAUGUGGCUUAUGAACAUGCUCGUAUGAUGGUCCUCAGUCGGAGUCGUUCUCUUAAUAAGCAGCAGACUCAGAGUGUGGAGAAGACAUUGCCCACGCUGCUGAGGUCACCAGUGACAGAGGUUCACAUGGCAAAGACUGUGGAUACCUAUCCGCAGGAUGAAGAGAUGACUCAAAUGUUGGCCUUACCAUCUCAAUCUGUGAAGCCUUAUAUAGAUUUUGAUAGACUACGAAGGGAAGCUCGAUGCCUAAGAUGCUUCGAGAAAGGCCAUGCGGCCAAAUCAUGUCCAGCUCAGUUACCUGGUAUGUUGGAAUGUCGGUGUUUAUGCUGUGGUCGCACAGGACAUGUGGGGAAGAAUUGUCGACUAGCUGCGAAGAACAAGCAACUCACAUGUCAACGGUGUGGUGGAUUACAUCAUGUACCAGCAGUGUGUAGAGGAAGGAUCUUAUCGAGUCCUUCUCAAGAAUCUCAGCAGAAGGAGGCCACUCCUACGACUUAUGAGAGUAUGGCAGGCCUACGUUGUAUGAAUCUAGUAUUGUAUCUGUCGCCUGAUUCGAUACUUCUUAAAUCCGGUGUUGCUGACUCCGCUGUUCGUUCUAUCGGUUUGACUGAUGAUAAGCAGUCUCAAGAAGCUGGGAUUCAGACUCAUGCUGCUGCUGAUGCCACUAUAAUUGCUAACAGCGUUUCUUAUUUGCACCCGGCUUCGGAGUCUCAAUUCGGGGAUACAGAGGAAAUGGGUCUGAAUUUCAUGAUGUUGUGCGAGCCUGAGGAGCCUCAAUCCGAGUUGCAUAUGAUACUGUCUAGUGAGGUUUCCUCAAGGUUCGAAGAAUUCUGUGGACCCACUCUUCUGGCCUCGGAUACUGAGCCUGAAGUUUCCUCAGUUGAUAUUGUUGAUGAGGAUGUCGAGGGUUGCAAUAAGACUCGUUAUGUAGGACUUGUCAAAGAUAACCAUAUUGAUUUAGAAGGUCGUACGACAGUAGUUGAUCGGUUUACUUAUGGUAUACCAUGGCUCAGUAGUAAGCGCCCAGUGAUCCCUGAUUUAAAUGCUAUUCAAAAGGCUCUUGAUGCCGAUCGUAAGUUCUGUGACCGUUUGCGUGAGUCAGGACAUCUGGAUUCUUAUGCUGCAGUUUUUGAUAAGUAUUUGCAGGAUGGUAUCGUUGAAGAUCCCGUGAUCUGUGUGUUCUUGGAUUCGUCAGCAUAUGGAAUAGGAGUGGUUAUUGCCGAUGCUAACCUGAACAUCAUCCGUUGUUAUACUAAGCUUAUUGGUGGUCAGCGAAGGUCAUGGACAAUAGUGAGAAAGGAGUUGUUGGCUGUACAAGAAGCAGUUGCCUUCUACAUAGAAACUCGACGAGCUCUUCUAGCGGUGGAUGGAACUAUGAAGUUGGAGGUUCAGUUCUUCACGGACAACUCCGCCAACUUUUUCCGACUCCGUAAAGCCCAACAAUAUGUUCGUGAUGAGAACGAGGACUCCAAGGAUAUCAUAUGGCCACCAAAAUCACUUGAUAUACCACAGUGGGAAUCGAAGGUUCUCCUUGGUAUUGCUAAGAACUUGGCUUUGUUAAAUGGCACUAUAUACCAUUUGAGUGGACGUCAUAAUCCAGCCGACGCCUUCUCUCGUGGUACACCUUUGACUACCCUCCCUCACGAAGAUGCUGGCCUGAAACUUGCGGUAGAAGUUUCUCGCCGCCGGGAAGGCUUACCGUAUGACGUGGACACAGAGCAUGUGGACACUAUUGGAAGUGAUCAAGGGAAGUAUAACUAUAACCGUAACAAGCUGGAUCCCUACUGGAAUGCUACUGUCUAUAAAGUCAUUUCGAUUCGUGGUCAAGUGGCUGCUAUCUCCAGUGAUCCUUUACGCUCUCAGCCUUUCUUUGAGUUUAUUGGCAAUUUGAAGCGCAUUGAUGUGUAG